AUGCCUUUCUUUCGAUCGCGAAAUCAGCCCGACGACACUAACGAGGCAACUAUGCCAACCCAACCUCCACCGGCUUAUGGUCAAAACUGUUACGCUGACGGUCAUGAGUAUGCCGGCAAUUACCCCCACCCAAACGACAAUGCCUAUACUCAGGGUUAUCAGGGUCCACCAGGAACAACAGAGGAUGAACGUCAAUUAUUGAGUGAUAACAACAACAACAACAACAACGCGUAUGCACCACACGAGCAGGAUGAGGAUUUACCAACGGAUCUUGGCGACUUGCAGGAUAUCUUUAGCUUUGAAUUCAUGCGAGGAAGACCCAUAUGGAACUUUAUUCUUGCUAUUCUUUGGUGCAUUGGAUUACCCAUCUUGCUAUACCAUAUCCUUCGACCUCAUCUUGGUCAAGUGCUCGCCAUGGUCGUCGCAUCAGCUCCGCCUUUGUUGAUUGUUGUCCUACGCAUGUUGCGGGAGAAACGAUUUGAUCCAUUGGGCUUGGUAGCAGGUAUCAGUUUUCUUAUCUCGGGCAUUGUGUCCAUUGCUGAGCCUGAUGAAAAGACCGAAGCCAUCUGUGAAAGCAUUGUACCCCUUUUAGUGGGAGUGAUUUGUGUUGUAUCGAUUAUACCUAUCAAGAUUGGAUCCUGGGAAAUGCGUCCUCUUGUAUUCCAAGUAACAAACCAGAUUAUGCCACGAACCGAUUCGGAUGAAGAGCUUGCAGCCAACGAUGAUGCACGAUUAUACAAAAAGCAACACCAUCCCCAUAUGGCCAAGAAGCAAAAGCUGGAUUGGGCGUAUCGUCAUUUGGCUCGAUUUCGUCGCGACAUGCGUGUCAUGACCUUCUCUUGGGGUCUCAUGCUUAUUGUCGGCUUCUUUAUCAAGCUUAUCAUUGUCCUUACAGGCAUUGACACGGGUAGCGCUGAGUUGGCUGGAUUCCUGAUUUUCGGUCUUGGAUCGUUCCUGAUGCUGUGCUUCACCUGGUUUUAUACCAAGGUUGUGCGUGGACACAUUGCAAAUGAUUUAGCCUUUUGGAAGGAACAAAACGAACCCAGACCUUUGGAUGGCCGUAGUGAAGCGCUUCAAAACGCAAACUGGGGCAUGCAAACGAUGGGCAAUGCCUUUGGUCAAGUCAUUGGAUAG